CAGAGCCGGUAAUCGACAUCCCUCAGAGGGGACAUGUGCACUGAUCAUCAGGGCACUGAUGAUCACCCCAGCAGUGCCACCUGUCAGUGUCCAUCAGUGACAGCUGUCAGUGCUCAUCCAUGCCACCUGCCAGUGCCCAUCAGUGCCACAUCAAUGCCACAUACCAGUGCCUACCAGUGCAUAUCAAUGCCACAUAUCAGUGCCCAUCUGAGCUGCCGUUCAGUGUCACCCAUCAUUGCCACCUAUCAAUGCCAGUCAGUGCCACCUAUCAGUGCUACCAAUCAGUGCCAGUCAGUGCUGCCUAUCAGUGCCAGUCAGUGCCGCCUAUCAGUGUGCAUCAGUGCUGCCUAACAGUGCCAGUCAGUGCCGCCUAUCAAUGCC